AUGUUGUGGCAACGCAUAGUUUGGUGCUGUGUUUUAAUGUGUGUUAAGGAGGCAGUUUCGAUGAGCUUAUUUGUGGUUUCCAGCUCACGCGUCGCGAGUGAUAAGUGUGAUUCCGGAAAACGGCAAGGUUGCGCUGAUUGUCGUACGGUGAACAUUUGUAGCUACGAUCAAACAGUUCUCACUAGCUACAAAUGUCAAGAUGUAGAACCAGAUAAACCUUACUGUACCGGAGACGGUAUCUGUUCAGCGGAAUAUGAAGCAGAGAGUACAUGCGGUAUGGCAGACGAUCUGUGUCCCCCGAUAAAGGCUGGAUUUUAUCCAGAUCCUGCUAAUUGCACCCAGUAUAUAUACUGCGACGAGAAACAGGUAUCCACAUCUGUGAGUUGUUUGGCAGCGAAUAAUGCCUACAAUCAUUCGUCCUCAUCGUGCUUUCUACGCAAAACGUUGGAUGACUGUUACCAAGUCAAUUGUGAUUUGUUGUUGAAUCGCAACAAGUGGUUCGUCUAUAAACCGUUUCCUCAGCUUUAUUUCUUUUGCUCGAGCAGCGGUUUACCGGUAAUGUUCGAAUGUCCCCGGGAAUCGGAUGUGUAUGAUGUAAAACUGCAACGAUGCAAGUUUGAAUGCCGAGAGAGUGGCCGUUUCCCGUAUCCGGAAGAUAACAAAAGGUACUACGAAUGUGUCUACGUCACACCGUUCAAGCUGGAAUUGUUCGAGCAGCGAUGCCCUUUGCAGCUAACGUAUGACGAAGAGAGGAAAAUAUGCAAACUAUAA